AUGAUCCGCCAACGUCGCCCGAUCAGCUCGACUUCACGACCCGACUCGUCCGCACACGCAAGCACGUCGGACUCUCCAUCGAGUUUCAAGGAUGUAACGCUGGCGCAAGUUCUUGCUUUCAUCCGUGUCAAGCUACCGUCUAUCUCGUCGCUCAUCGUCGGCGUCGUCAUUGGCGUCAUCUUUGCCUUCACCCUACGAUCAGACUCUGACACGAGUGGGGUAUGGAGGCCUGGCAAGGCAGCCAAGGCCUCUUGGGCUCACAUCAGCUCGAAGUCACAUCGAGCUAAUUCACACUUGCCCACAUACGACCAAAGGGUCAGAGUGUUCGAUAUUCUCACGACUCUGACGGGACAACAUACCCGCCAAUGCACGCGAAACGCCCAGCCUGCUUAUCGGCGUCAGGUCUACGAGCGCUACGAGCCGCUCGUGGGCUAUCAUCAGGGGAGCGGCAGGGGAGGCAUCAAGGGACGCUUGGGGUCACUCUUCAGCGGUGGCUGGACGAAGAAUCGCAAUGACGAAGAGAUCAAGAGGAUCUUCCGAUCCCCUCGACGCGCUGCACCGAGAAGUAGCAGAUUAUCAGACCUCACACUCGAUGGCGGUGCGAGCGCUCAGGCUUCGGAUAUGACCAGAGAUGGCCACAAGUAUUUCUUCGCUAUCAAUCUCUACAACUCGUUCGAUAUCAUACCCGAUCUGUUCUCGACGAUGCUCAAGAUAUCAGCAAUUUUGGGCUACCAUAACGUCUUCAUCUCGGUCUAUGAGAAUGGUUCGAAAGAUCAAACGAAGGCACUGCUGCGGUUGUUCGAUGCGGUCGCGAGAAGUGUCGGACUUCGCGUCGUCAUCAGGACGAGCUUGAGAACGAGAGGCGCUUUCAACCACCGUAUCGAGUACCUUGCAGAAGUUCGUAAUGCUGCCCUUGCACCUCUUGCAGAGUUGCGCGAAGCAGAAGGCGAAGUGUUUGACUCUGUCAUCUUCAUGAACGAUGUCUUGCCUUGUCUUGACGAUCUCAUGGAACUCGUUUGGCAAUCGAGACGGCAGAACGCGGGCAUCACCUGUGGCGCUGACUACAUCUUCCACGAUGAUCUGGGAUCACCUGUCUUCUACGACAACUGGGUCGCAAGAGAUACGAACGGGACAGCGCUCGAGAAUGCGCCGUUUGAGAUGGUCUUCAAAGCACCAGAAUCGAACUGGCGGUUCCAGCGGCACCUGCCCAUACAGGUACAAUCUUGCUGGAACGGUAUCGCCGUUCUCGAUCCUGCGCCACUGUACAUGCACCCGGCCGUUAAAUUCAGGAUGGCCAACUUGGCAAAGGGCGAAUGCUCUGCCUCUGAGUGUUCUCUCAUCUGUAACGAUUACAUGGCAGCAGGCUACGGUCGCAUCAUGAUGGUCUCCCGCGUCAAGCUCGCCUAUGACAAACAAGUCUUUGAUCUGACUCAUCCUGCUAGGAGGAACCUGACCGUCAUCAGAGGCUAUACGAGAUUAGGAGGCACGCCAGAUGAUCCAGCAGCCGAUCCGCAGGACCGAUCUUGGUACGGUCCUCAUGAUCGACUCUUCCGAGCCGAGGAGAGUGAGCCCAUCGAUUUCAUACAGCCGCCUCCUUAUGUCUUUUGCUGGGGCUGGGAAGGCUACGGUGAUCUGGACGGUCCGGAUGUCGAGCCUAUCUGGGAACCACUCAAACUCGAUCCCACACGCGAUAUCACCAAGGUACGACACGAUAGAGGGUUUGCAGAGCUGUGA